AUGCCCGAUACACCUGUCGUCCUGACCCCUGGGGCCGUGGCCUCUCCUUACCACCUCAUCGAGUACAAGACCAGCUGCCACUCCUCCAUGACCAACAGCACUCCCACCGCCUCUCCCGCCUGCUGCAGAGCCUGCCAUGCCAGUGGAUCUCCUGGUCGCCUUAGAUGUCCUGCACACACGACCCGACUGGACAGCAGCAUGCGCCAACCUGGAUUUGUGAGCCGAACCUGCACCCGCAUCCGUACGAUCCCAUUCAAUACCCGAAUGGUCCUUCCAUGCACGGCCCGAACGUUCGGCAGAUUUCUGUCGUACCUGUGCGCACCCAUCACAUUUGCUGGAACCAGCAUUCACCUGUUUGCGGCCAGAACGUUGGACACAUUCCACAUUUGCCUGCUCACGGCCCGCAGGUUUCGCCAAUUCCAGCCGUCACCUGUUCGCGGCCCGAACAUCCUCUUGCUUCUGAAGUGCUUGGUCAUGGCCCGAACAUUCACCUACCUCCCCACGCGCCUGUUCGCGGCCCGACUGUCCACCACUUUCCGCCAAUGCCUGUUCGUGGCCCGAACGUCCAGGUAA